AUGAGAUCUAAUCAGCGACGUACCUAUAGAAAUGACGAUCGAUCGCGAAGCUAUCGGGAACAUCCUCCUCUGUCAUUCCGGGGAAACUCCCACCAGAGGCACCCUCCGGCUCCCCCGAGCAGAAGCUAUUAUCGAGAGAUUCCUAAGGAACGAUCAGGCACCGGAGAAGCCACUUCAGCCUCACCAAAACAGAGUAAUGGGUCAUCCGAAAGGGGGAUUCCCCGGGCUAGGGACCCAACUCACUUCUCUGAGAAGAUAUUGGAAGAGGCUAGAGGCGAGGCAAAACAUGCUCUCCUGCAGUAUACCAAGUGUACCGACCCCUCAGAAAGAGAAGUUAGAAUUGAAAGAGCAAAGCAAGCAGAGGAACGUGGGCAACUAGAAGAAACUGCCUUACGUAUUGCGCGUCGUACUUCUAGAACUAAUCUGGAUGCUCAAUACUCUGAAUCUCGUUCCCACGAACGUAGAUCCUCCAGUAAAAGGAUAGGGCCAGCCUCUCAAAUAAUAGCUGCCAAUGCUGAGGAGAACACAAAUUAUCAAAACUCAGAGAGUCGAGACAGACUACCGGCAACUCUAAGACUCGGCCCUCCUCUAAAUGAUAGUGAGAGACAUGAAGAACAGAGUCUUCUGUCCCUGGAUCGCAGUGCUGACCGCAUUCCAGCAACUCAACGCCUGGGACCUAUCUCUUCUGCUGAGGCGAUAGAUGAUGAAACUGACCUUCCUCACCUACCCGCAGCUAAACGCAAACCUGGUCGUCCCCCGGGGAAAAAGACAAGACAGGAAAAAUCUAAAGGCCCGGUGGCUGCUGUUCCGCCAAGGCGAACUACCUCCCGCUCAAAACCGUCCCCUAUUCGCAGGAAGGAUACGUCAACAAACGCGGGAACAGCAAAAGGAAAAAAGAAUGGUAAAACUAAGAAGGGUGAAACAUCUCGAGCUGCUCAGCGCCCGACUGGUAGCACAGCAUCAGAUCACACCCCAAUCAUCAACCUCGUUCCACGCUCUACCAGACGAAGGAUGGAUUUUCAGACUCCAUCCCUCCCCGCUCCUUAG